AUGCUCUCUGGAAUAUCGCUUCCUCAGUCCUAUAAACUAGGACGCACACCUAACCGAAGAUGGCGCUCAUUGGUUCUGGUGGUCUAUGUACUAAUAGUACCAGACUCGGCCUCUUGGCUUUUUCCUAUUCCUGGCGUUACUUUACCCUUCUACUGGAUUACCGUAGUUGCUCUUAUCACCGGGAUCGACAAGACUUCUUGGGUUUUAGUUAUGGCUGGUGUCCUCAAAGAGAUCGACUGCUAUCUGUCAAGUGACCUUCGAAAACAGUUGUUAUUGCUUUUCUACAAAAACCGGUCAAACGAUAGAGUGAUGGAAAACGAGCACGUCAAGGAAUGUAGAAUGAAAGCCACUCUGGAUCUUCUAGAAAUGAAGGUGGAGAAUGGCAAGAACCCGUCUGUCGGUCAUGAACCCAAUCAAAGUGACUCCUACUUACUGCGUUCCGAAGUGUUAAAGCUUCCUUCAUCAGUCCUUGGGUAUUUUGUGAAUGAUGAAUGUCAUCUUGUUCCACUCGAAGGGGAUGCUCUUGUGAUGGAUACAGUGAAAGAACUUAUGAAAGAGAUGUCCCGUGUUCCGGAGGCUCGCGAAAGUGCCGGUGCUUCUCAGUCACAGACACCCAGUGUAGUCGUUUCAGCUCGCUUCAAGGUGUCUGACUCCGGUGAUUUGCGCGGACAAAUAGGUUCUCGUCGGAAGCCCACCGAUAACGAUCCGGAUGUGUUAUUUCGCACUCAGCAGAAUUUAGCGCUCUGGCGCCCUGUGAAGUACCGGCGCUUUGUGCCGGGUGAUGCAUUCGAAUGUCGGAUUCCUCUGCUGUAUCCAUACGAAGACAAUGAGAUGGCUGGUCAGACAAGCAGCGGUCCUCGACAAGAGGACUAUACCUCCUCCUUGCUGUCGUCUCUUGCUCCUACGCCCGCAAAUCCCACUCGCGUGGAACCCGCCAAACAGCCCACCUUGGAGGAGAUCAUUCAGGCCCUCAUGCUCAAAGUACAUGUGAUCCGGUUUAACAAACUUGUUGGCUGUGUCAGAGAGCGCUUUCACGACCCGCAUCAGGUGACAAAUGCCGCAGUGUUACAUCAUGUACAGAAAGUUGCUGUCCUUGUCCGGGGAUGUGAGCCUCCUCCCCCCGGUUCGGAAACCGAACGGGAAUCCUUGAAACCGCGCAUUUUGGAAGCGCUAAUUCAAGUCGACGCCCGCCUCUUAAAACUGAUGUGGCCCACUGACAAAGACGCUAGACCGGAAGAGAUGUUAUUCGCGAGCAAAGUUGCAGGGUCAGAGUGUGGAGUCAUUUCCGAGGAAACCCACCGACUACGUGAUUUGGUUUUGGAAACGUGCGAGAAGCAGCCAUUUUUUCGGGUAAAGGAUUUAUAUGACCGCUUGGAGGAAAUGGGAGUACCAAAACCUUCUCGGAAAAUUUUGUGCUCCGUACUCAAGCACUAUUGUGUCUACAAACAUAAUCGGUACUACCUCCGUCACACCUUAUUUGAUUCCUAG